CCGGGCCGAGGGAGCGGGGAAGCCCGCGAUGGGCGGCGGCGGGGCGGGGGGGCCCAGGCCGGCCAGGCAGGAAGUCGGGGGGGAGUGAGCCAGCCCGCUAGCCCUGCGAAGUUUGCAAAACUGUCAUUGCGCGCCCAGGCGGAGCCCAGAGCGAGCGCAGCGGCCAGAAGGGAGUCCCGGGCUGGCUGGCGUCGGGGGGCCCCGCCAUGCGCAGCUGACCACCCUCGCCGGGACCCCCAAGCACCAGGAUGGCCGGCCCCGGGGCCGCCGCCGCCGCCUCGUGGCUCUGCCUCUGGUGGGGCCUGCUGGCCGGGCCGGCGGGCACCAUGAACUACCCGCCCCGCUACAGCCUCUACACGGGCGCCGGGCUGCCCUUCGCCGCGCACGUCCAGGGCGCCGGGCAGGCGGCCAACGGAGGGGCGCGCGUGGCCAGUCGCCACAGGUAAGCCGGCGCGCAGGGAGGCAGAGGCCGAGAGAGAGGGAGAAGCGGGCCAGGGGCGCAGCCAGCCCCACGAUGCCUGCACUGGCUGGCAGCCGCGCUCGCCUAGGCUCUCCCUCGCGGGCUUCUUCUGCAUGCCAAGCAGCCGCCAAGAGAGCCAGGGGCGCUGGAGGCUGGAAGUCCCGGACCAGCUCGAGUUGGCGGGAAGAGGGAGCAGGGCUCGGGGCUUCUUGAACAUCCUACGCCCCCCCCCCAGCUCCUGCCAGGGGCUCUGGAGGGCCUUGUGCUGCCAAGGGGGUGGUGGGGGCUCUAUGGGGCGGGGUAGUGCCAACAGGCCUUAGAACCCGUCGCCAUGAAGAGAUGCCCCCCCCAGCCCCGAGCCAGGCUCCUCCCGGGCGGUGGGGGAUGGGCUGCGGGUGCGGGGCCGGGGCGUGUCCGCGGGGACUUGGGACGUGGCUGCUUCGGAGUCCGGGCAGGGGACGGCGCGCCCCGGGGCGCUUGGCCGGGGGCGGGAGGGGGGGUGAGACUCCCUGAAGGACUCUGCGGGAGAGGCGAGGCGAAGGUUUGGGUGGGUGCCAGGCUUGGGAGAAGGGGGGUGGUCGGGAAAGCCAGUCUGUGGGGCGGGGGGCACGUGGGGCACGUUGCAAGUCUGAGGCUGCAACCCCCCCAGAGUGGGGGGCGGCGGCGGCAGCAUCGCCUCCGGGGAUAUAGGCAAAGCAAUGAGGGAGGGGGCGGGAUGCCGCCAAAGAGGGGCUCUUCUCUGUAGGCCACCUUCACCCCCCCCCCCUCGGUCUUUCUUAGUACUCCGGGAGAUUCCCGGACCAACCCGGGAGCGGGGGAGGGGGAGGGUCUUUCCCAGAUUUCUCCUCGCCAGGCCCCUCCUCGUGGGCAGGUUUUGGGGCUCCCGAGAUUAUGGAUUCGCGACGGGAUGCAAGGCAGCUGUACAGACCCUCCGAGUAGCGCUGCUGCAGCAACAGGUAAAACCAGCCAGGAAUAGGACCAGGAGGAGCACCCGAUCCUUUGCUCCCCUGCCAGAUCCCUGAGAUCUCCAGGGGAGUCACGGCUAGACCCCCACCCCCGCCAUGGCUCCAGUGCAGGGUUUGUGUUCACCGGGAAUUGUAUUCCAGAUGAGGUCAGACUCUCCCUGUUGAACUUCUGCCACCUAUUGAAGACUUCUAAAAAAAAAAAAAAAUCCAGCAGGCGUUUUAAUUGAAGUUUGCUUUUAUAGUUUUACCUUUUUCGUGUCUCGUUUCUUGCCCUCUGCUUCGAGACAGUUUCAGCCAAGCAGUAUAAAUUGUUUAAAAGGAAUGAAGCGAGUCCAACAAUGUUAGGAGGUUGUGCGCAGACUUGAAACCAAAACAGCAGCUAGACGGAAGUCGAACUGUCUCGGACCUCAAAGGUAGGGCAGAGCCGAGGGGCUUGAACCGUCCUCCAGAAAUCCCCAAAGGAUGAGGGCGAUGCCUCCGGGGGCGCCUGUAAGACGCCCCCCCCCCCAUGGAGAAAGAGAGUCAGAGACACAGGCUGGGUUGAGGCUUGCGAGGGGCUGCCCCACCCACGAAAUUAAACCCCCCCCCCGUUGUGGCUGCGGUGCAGGAAAAGCACUCUGCACACCCUCAGAGGCGCCCCCUGUGAUUAUUCCACGCGGAAAGCCUUCUGGGGCUGAGCCCUGGCUCACCCAGCAAAAAAAUGCUGGAAAGGGGACUUCCUGUGAGACAGCAGCGGGGAAGGUGAGGAGGUGAAGCCGGCAAAUAUUAACCAGCUGCUGGGAAGCCUUAAUGUUGGCUCAGAUCAGGGUCAGCUCGGAAGGCCUGGAGGCAAUUCCUCUGGCCUCUUCCCAGCUGCGUGUGUCCCCCCCCCAUCCCAGCCAGGUCACCCCUCCCUGAUCAAAGGUCCCUGGACAAGGGAGACCAAGGCAGGCAGGAAAUGUCUCCUGGCCGCAACAGCCCCAAUUCUGCCAGCACCCAGCCGUGACCAGGUGGUGACUGGUGCCCAUUGGGACUGGGGGGUGGGAGGUGGAGAGGCCAGGUGGGCAGAGCCUGGACCAAUGAGAGGCAGGGCCAACUGAUUUUUAGGAGGGCCAAAAGGAGGCAGAGGAGGACACUGAGAGGCCAGGGCUUGUGAGAGCCAUUGUGGUGCAGUGGUUAGAGUGUCAGACUAGGACCUUCGGCCACAGAGCUCACCGGGUGUGACCUUGUGGGCCGGUCCCUUCCUUUCUCAGCCUCACCUUCCUCACAGGGUUGUCGUGGGGAUUAAUUGAGAAGAGAUCUUGAGAUCCUUCGAGAAAAAAAGAUGAUAUAUCUAAGUGCAGAAGGAAAGAGCAGGCAGGAGCUGGCGGAGGGCAGGUGGGGAAGGGCCCCAUUCCCCCUAUGGACCAGCCCCCAAUGGCUGCAAUUGCGCAUGGAUGGAGGGGGUGGCCGUGGAGCAAUGCCCCCCCUUUAUGCGUCCUCUGCCAGAAAAGAGCCGCCUUCAUCCCGUGGAGAAAAGCAAAGGGAGAUUCCCAGCUGAAGCCACAUCCUCUCUUGCUCAAGAUCCUGACCAUCUCCGAGAAACGGGAGCGGGUUGGAGACGCCUUCCCUGCUCCCGUGGGACAACCCCUUCUGAGCGAAGUCCCAGGCUGUGUCAGUGGGGCCUGCUCUCUGAAGAACUUCCACUCCGAUGCCUCUGCCCCAUCCUUGCCCCAUCUCCCCUCUGCUCAGGACCCUUCUCGUCAGGCCAAUGGGCCAUCUAGGCCAGCAUCCUGUUCUCACAGUGGCCAGCCAGACGCCUGUAGGAAACCUGUAAGCAGGAUUUGAGCACAAGAGAGGCAUUGUGGACCUUAAGGUCCAUAAAUAGCAGCACCCUAGUGGUCCCGGGCCCUAAGGAAGUCAGAUUAGCCUCAACCAGAGCAGGGCCUUUUCAGCACUGGCUCCGGCCUGGUGGAACGCUCUGCCUCAUGAGACCAGGGCCCUGCAGGAUCUGAUUUCUUUCCGCAGGGCCUGUAAGACAGAGUUGUUCCGCCUGGCCUUUGGCUUGGAAGCAACUUACGGUGAUCCCCUUCCCCUCUUUCCUUUCUCCUUCUGUGAUGGAACUCCUAUUUGGGGACUUCCCUGGCUUUUUUCUGGCCCAGGUAGGACCAGUCUGGAUAGUUGGCCUUGGUGAAGAUUUGACAUUUUCAUCCCCAAAAAGUUUUUGAUUUGAGUUUCCACUGAAAUGAGGCUGCAUUUUAAUGUUGUACUUAAUUUUGUUUUUAAGUUGUAUUUUAAUCAAUUGUUUUAUACUUGGUGUUAGCCGCCCUGAGCCCGGUCUUGGCUUGGGAGGGCGGGGUAUAAAUAUUAUUAUUAUUAUUAUUAUUAUUAUUAUUAUUAUUACUAUUAUCCUCCCCACUUGCGGUUUCCAGCAACUGGGAUUCAGAAGCAUUGCUGCUUUUGACUGUGGCUGGCAGCGCUUAAUAGUCCUCUCCUCCUCCAUGAAUUUGUCUAAUCCUCUUUUAAAGCCAUCCAAGCUGGUGGCCACCUCUGCUUCCUGUGGCAGGGAGUUCCACAGUCUAACUCUGUACUGCAUGAAGAAGGACUUUAUUUGGCCUGUCCUGAACCUUCCAACCUUCAGCUUCAUUGACCAUCUAGGAGUUCUAGUCUUAUGAAAGAGGGAAGAGAAACCUUUCUCUUUCUAAUUAAUUAAUUUAGACAGGGCUUUGUAAAACACUAAGCAGAAGAAGGAGUGGAAUUAAUCUGGGUUCGGGGAGGGCUUGAUCCAGAGUGCAGGACCAAGAAGUCAUUUUUUGCCAUGAAUCAGCUGGUCGGUUCCCAAGCCUUCACGUCUGGUUUGAGUUUAGCAAGUUGAAAGAGACAUGGUGUUGUGUGUUUGGUACAUCUUCUUUAGAAUGAGCCUGUUGCAUGUGGUCAGAUAGACUUUGCAGGUUUUGGAAUUAAGACCAGAACCUUCUGGAACUCUUUGGCCACAGGGAAGAGAGUCCUGCGCCGUGAGACACCAACCUUCUUCCAUGCUCCCUUCAGCUCUCUAAAAAACGUUCGCUUAAUAUUUUCAUCCUAGCAGCAACUAGGAACUUCUGAAGUUUAAGUCACUGUGUGGUGGGAAUUAAGAGCCACCUAAUUAAACGGUGGUGAUGUAUGGAAGUGAGAGCUGGACCAUAAAGAAGGCUGAUCGCCGAAGAAUUGAUGCUUUUGAAUUCUGGUGCUGGAGGAGACUCUUGAGAGUCCCAUGGACUGCAGGAAGAUCAAACCUCUCCAUUCUGAAGGAAAUCAGCCCUGAGUGCUCACUGGAAGGACAGAUCCUGAAGCUGAGGCUCCAAGACUUUGGCCACCUCAGGAGAAGAGAAGACUCCCUGGAGAAGACCCUGAUGUUGGGAAAGAUGGAGAGCACAGGGAGAAGGGGACGACAGAGGACGAGAUGGUGGGACAGUGUUCUCGAAGCUACAAACAUGAGUCUGACCAAACUGCAGGAGGCAGUGGAAGACUGGCGUGCUCUGGUCCAGGGGGUCACAAAGAGGUGGACACGACUAAACAAUAACAACAACAAUGAAACAGUUCUCAUGUCCUUGUCCAAUGCGGGGGGGGGGGGGAGGUUUCAGCCAGAUGUCCCUUGAGGUCUCUUCCAACUCUACAAUUCCAUAAUUAGUGUUGAAGCAACAGAAGAUGGCAAAUGUAGGUUGAGAGAAAGAUCCUUUUCAGACUUUCCCGCCCAAUUGUCUCUUGCCCAUUUGCACAAAAAGCCACAGCAAUCAGCUCUUGGCCUUUCAGAUGCAAAAGAACUGGGGGGGGGGGGUUUAGAUGUGGGAUUUGUUGAAGGAAAGGAAGGCAGGACUAGUCCACCUCCACUGGCCCAUGGAGAGGACUUGGGCGAAAACAGGGAGGGAGGGGGACAACAGGUUAUCCUGGACCACAUCAAGGCCAAGGUAUCUCUCCACUGAUGUCUCUGAAUACUAGUUGCUGAGGGUCACAGUUGGGGCUGCUGUUGCUGCGCUUGCAUCCUGCUUGAGGCUGUGGUCUAAACCACUGAGCCUCUUGGGCUUGCCGAUCAGAAGGUCGGCAGUUCGAAUCCCCAUGACUGAGCUCCUGUCACUCUGUCCCAACUUCUGCCAACCUGGCAGUUCGAAAGCACACCAGUGCAAGUAGAUAAAUAGGUACCGCUCCAGCGUUUCUGUGCAUUCUGGUUUCCAUCACAGUGUCCCGUUGCACCAGAAGCGGUUUAGUGCUGCUGGCCACAUGACCCAGAAAACUGUGGACAAAGGCCAGCUCCCUUAGCCUGAAAGUGAGAUGAGUGCCGCAACCCCACAGUCACCUUUGACUGUGCCUAACCGUCCAGGUGGCCUUUACCAUACCUUUAUACUUAGGGCUUUGGAAGUUUGGGUGUCCCAUCUGUCAGGGUUGUGAUUCCUGCAUUGCAGGGGUUGGACUAGAUGGCCCUUGGGGGUCCCUUCCAACUCUGCAAUUCUAUGAUUCUGUGGUGUUCUAAGCUUGGAGGCGCAUCUGAAGCCCUGGAUGCAAAUAUUGGUGGGUGUGGAGACUAGCUGAGCAUGGGAACAGGGAGGGACCAGACGUGGGUUUUCAUGGCCAGGAUGCGGCUCUGCUGAGGUGUUUCCUAGUCCAGGAGAGAGCACCAUCAAGGCACCAGCCUUUGGCUGACCUCCCUUCCCUCCUGGCCUGAGCCACUGGAAUUUGAUUUCCGAAAAAGAGCUUGUGGUUCUUUGCCUCAAAGCCUCCAGGAGCAGCUCAGCAAUUCCAUCCCAAGUGGGUUGGAGUCAAAGGGUUAACCUAUGGAACUCCCUCCCACAGGAGACACCAACUUGGAUGGCUUUAAAAGAGGAUUAGACAUGUUUAUGGAGGAGAGGGGCUGUCAGCGUAAAGGCUAUGCUCUGCCUCCAGAGGAUUCUGAAUGCCUGGAAACCACAGGAGGGGGAAAGUGAUGCCCUUGAGCUCAGAUCCUGCUUGUGGGUUUUCCAGGGGGGCACCUGGUUGGCCACUGUGAGAACAGGAUGCUGGGCUCAAUGGGUCAUGGGCCUGAUCCACCAGAGCGACGCUUCUCUUCCUCUGUUCUUCAGCUCUCUGUGGUCAGGGUGGGGUUUGGGAGCAGAGCACACUCUGCGUGUGUGCAGAGAACCUCUCGGAGGGCGAAGCCUUGGCACUGAACCCGGGGCUUCUGGCACCUUGGCUCCUUUUCAUCGCUGCCUUCCGUGCCCGCCUGCAACAGAGGCCGUCCUGGAAUGUGGAGGUCUGGCGUGGGGCUUGCUCUGGGUCUGCUGCUGCCGGCUGGACCGAAACCAGUGUGGGGCAGGGGGGUCUUCCCAGUGCCUCCUGCAACCAGUCUCUCUCGCUCUCUCUCUGCUGCAGGAACUGGUGUGCUUACGUGGUCUCUCGCAGCGUGAGCUGCGUCGUGGAGGAUGGCGUGGACACCUACGUCAAGCCAGAUUACCAGCCGUGCGUCUGGGGGCAGCUCCAGUGCCCCCGCGUCAUCACGUGAGUGUGGGGAAGCAGAAUUGGAGGGGGGCACGGAGGGCUGCUGGUGGGCUGUGCUGCUGCUGGCUGCCUGGGUGGGGCACUGUGGGGUCACGGCCUCCGUGGGCAGAUGGGGUGGGGUGGCGGAUGCCUGUGGCUGCUGCCUGGCGCGUGCCCAGCCCAUCAAGGGAAGAGGCUGCCCAGCAGGAGCCAGAUGGCCCAGGCGGGCGGGGAGGGGGUCGCCUGCCCCCUGGUGGGCAUCUUCAGGACUGCAGGAGGAUUCGGCUCCUUCAGCUGCGUCUGCCAGUCAGUGCCUGCAGAGGGACUCUCUGGCCUUCUCCUCUGCUGUGCUGAUUUGGAGGGCAGAGUGUCCAGACCCUCCAGUGUAGCAUUCCCAAAGCAAGGAAGGGUUGGACUCUGAUUAAUAAAAUACACAUGAGGCUUGACCAGCAAGAUUCUGUCUGGGAGGGGUGCAUGUAAUAAUUCUCUCCCCACCCUCCGGCCCAGGUCAUUUUAUUCACAAAAGAACUUUUUACACAGUGUUCGUAAGAACCAAUCAGAUUUCCUCUGAGCAUUUCAAAAAACCCCACAUGGGGACAAAGUCAGAUCAGAAGAAAUCCUGUUAACUACAAGGACUACUUUGAGCAUGCUUACAUAAAGGUAAAGGGACCCCUGAGCAUUAGGUCCAGUUGUGGCCGACUCUGGGGUUGCGGCGCUCAUCUCGCUUUACUGGCCGAGGGAACCGGCGUGCAGCUUCCGGGUCAUGUGGCCAGCAGGACUAAGCCGCUUCUGGCAAACCAGAGCAGCGCACGGAAACACCGUUUACCUUCCCGCCGGAGUGGUACCUAUUUAUCUACUUGCACUUUGACAUGCUUUGAGAGUAAAUAAAACAGGACUAGAGGAAUGCAUUCAGCAAAACCCCGGAGGUCAUAAACAGGCAGGAAAGGAAGGAAGGAUGGCAAGGAAAGAGUAUUUCCUUGUGAACUCUCUUCCUGGCCCUUAACAUCUACCUAAAGAUUAAACUACAUCAGAGCUACCUUCUAUCUUUAUGGCCCAGGAUGCCUGGUGAAGCAACUGGCCUGUGUGUAGAAUGCUUCUACGUGCCUGUCAGGCAGAGAAAUAGGACAGAGACGCAGAGGCGUGGAUUGAUCAGAAAUCAUAUCAAAAUGGCUCACUCAGUCAACGCAAUGCUUUCAUUGCUGGCACAAAUGGCUUGCUCCAUAUUUUUUAUAAUUCCUCAUAGCAGUCCCACCUGAUCACUACACUCCAGUCACCUUCUCAACGGGACCAGCUCUACAGAGACUCUUCCUCUUGAACUGGCAGGGCUACUGGGAAGGAAAGCUCUGAUCCUAAACCUCCAUUGCCUUGUGAGAUAUCUUGGGGAGUAGAAAAGGCUCAGGAGCGAAACCCUACAGAAAUCCAGUCCCUGAGGCAGUUGGAUGUUGUCUUGUGAGCCUCUUUCCAGCAACUCCUGCAGCCCAAGCCCAGCCUCUUGCUCUGGUCUCCUUUGGCUGAUGGGGAUCAGUGAGGCUGAGAGGGGGGGUCUUGUCAUCUGGGCAGCCCAGGACCUCCAGACACAAUGCCCAGGCUUGCAUCCUAGUGCUCCCAAUGCAGGGAUUUUACUUCACCCCCAGAGGUAUACUCCAUUGUCUCUCAAGACAGAUGGAGGCCCACUAGACCAGACGAAAAGCUUUUUUCAAAGAGGGCCAGAUUUAAUGAAGUGAACAUGUGUGAGGGCCGACCAAAGUUGUUGAGCUGUUUUUAGGAUUGAAGUUGUUUUUUAGGAUUUCACCCCAGGACAUAUACUGCCAUGGGGCCUGGAUUAAAUCGACUGAUGGGCCAGAAUAGGCCCCCAAAACGGACUUUGGACAUGCCUGGAGUAAUAGAACUGUAGAACUGGAAGGUGUGGUAAUGUUGUAGAUAGUAGGAGAGGAUAUAUUGAUUUAAUAUCAUCCUUUCUCUCUCAUGCUAGUGAGCUGGUAGCAGAGUACAUUCCCCUGUAUAUUGCAGGAAACUAGUUGGUAGAUUCAUUAGAAUCUCUUGAGUUAAGCAAUCCAGUCUAGCUUAUCCAGGAUGGAUUUGUUCCUGGUAAAUUCCCCUUUUAUUCCCUCUUAAAAAGAAUAAAGACACAACAGUCUUCUCUUAAAAGUAACAAGAAGUUUACUUACAUCCAGUUCACAGUAUGAUCCUGAAGGCAGACUUUAGUUUGUAAUUACAGAAGAGAGGAUUGAGCCCAUGUGCUGCUGGCUGAGGGCCAGCAGACAGCAAAAGAGCAUCAAGAGAGCAGCAUCAAGAUCAGCCCUUUUAUGGGGUCUCCCAGGGUCACGCCCAUCUACCUGGUCACACGCAGGGGGAGGAUGCUCCAGACCAGGUGGGACAGGAAGUCCUCCUGGCUGGAGCAACAUCCCCCUGUGGGUCCACUCUGGCCAAACAGGAAAUGUUGUACUUGACUGCUUUCUGUGAUGUCACAUCCCACAGAAGGAACCCCCAAAGGUCAUGUAGCCUAACCCCCUGCAAAGCAGGAACCACCGUUAAAGCAUCUGUGGCAGAAGGCCACUCAACCUCUGCUUUAAAACCUCCAAUGCUUUCUAGAAUUGUAGAGUUGGAAGGGAAUCACACCUGAAGAAUCCCUAACUGGCAGCUAUCUGACACACUUGCUCCUUGCCCUGGGCAUGUGGCUGGAACCCAGGACACCCCUUGCCCCCAGUCCUAGUCCCAGUCCGGAUACCAGUGCUUUUCUUUCUCCCAACCAGCAGGUAUCGAAGCUUCGUUCGCCCUCGCUACAAGGUGGCCUACAAGACUGUCUCGGACAUGGAGUGGCGCUGCUGCCCCGGCUACUCGGGCGACGACUGCGCCGAAGGUGGGGUGCCGCCCACCACGCCCCGCCCACGAACUCAGCCCGUCCGUCCCAACCUCUCCGGCUUCAGCAACACGCUCAGCGGUCUUGGCGGAGAAGGUACCCCGGGCAGGAUCCAGGGGGAAGAUGCUCUGCCACCCCAACCCAGGAGGAUGAGGCGGGGGGCUGGACCCACACACUGGGCAGGACCCUCACCCCUCCCCACCACUGCAGGCCAAGUCACCAAUGUCACAAUGCCAACCCCGGUGGCACGAGAUGUACUGGGUCAAGGAAAAAUGAUAUAUAUAUAAAAGAGAAUUCCUGGAUGCAGAGCUCUUAAGUUUGGGGCAAGUACGCUUUGGUGAGAGAACCCCAGCUCUUAGACCUCUAAAAUAUGCCCUUUAAUGUGAGUUCCAAAGUUUCCCUCUCCCCCCAGCAAAGGAAAGAGACCACACACUUGUUAAGUUAAAAAUGGGCAGGUCCAUGUGCUCCAGAGAAGUGGAACAGGCAGUAAAAAUUAGCUGUUAGAAAGUGGUGAAAGUUCCUAAAUUAUCGGCAUAGGAACUGAAGAGUGGCUUGUGAGAGCCAUGCGGUCUGAGCUGGAGCAACUCAAACCUCUUCACUAGCAGACUGGCAGAACAAUAGGUUUGAUUAGCCAUAAGCCAUAAGCCUGGCAGGACACCUUACGGUAUUAAACACCUUCAUGCCUUAAUUAGACUUAAACAUGUUGGUUAUGUGAGGUGACCAACUCUUGGGAGAUUUAAGCUCAUAACCUCAGCCUUGGAGGUUAGCUUUGAAAGAGGCAUUUAGCAAAUUCGGUCUGUGGAGCUGAGCCCAAUUUUGUCUCUCCUGAUCCAGGUGUUUCCAUUCCUGCACAUUCUCAAAGCAUCUUUGCAAGACCUUAGCUGGGAGCUCACCAGCAGCUCAGGAUCAGCACAGUGUAGCUUAGUUCCCUUCCCUAGAGGGUCUGAUUCCCUGCUGGGUGGAGCAGCUGCUUUGCCAGGUGACAGACUGGAGUGGAGGUGUCCUGAUGUGGCUCUCUUCUCUCUCUCUCUCCUCUCCCAGGGCACAGGGACUCCGAGAAGGUCCGGCAGCUGGAAGAGAAAGUCCAGCACUUGAGCAAACAGCUGCAGGACCUGCAGUCCACCAUGGAGACCAGCAACACCAAACUGGCCGAGGACGUCCGCAGGGCCGUCGAGUCCUCCUUGAACGGCAAGCAGCCGGCGGACGCAGCCGCCCACCCGGAAAUGAAGGAGACCCUCAACGAGAUCCAGCGCCACCUGCAGCGCCUGGACAACCGCAUCUCCAACCACGAGAACGGGCAGGGGGUGGCCCAGGGAGGCGGGACAGACGUCCACGGCGAGGUCCUGCGGGAGGUGGAGCGCACCAUCCACGAAACCUGCUCCUCCUGCGUGACGGGCAUCUUCGACCUGCGGCAGCAGCGGGAGGAAGACCAGGACCGCAUGCGUGCUCUGGAGAAGCUGGUGGCCUCCGUGGACCAGCGGAACCGGGAUGCUGUGGACACCGUCCGGCAGCACGUCAGCCGCCUGGCCUCCCAGCCACCCGAGGAUUGCUGCGCCCGGGCCGAGAGCAGGGUGAGCGGGCUGGAGCGGCGCCUUGACGCCGUCACGGAGGCCCUUUCCGCCCUCAGUGAGCACCUGGCCGGGCGCAGGACACCCCCGCCGCCUCCGUGGAGCGUGGACCGGCGCAUGUCGGAGGUGGAGAGCAGGGUCAACACCACGCAGCGCAGCCUGGAGGAGCACUUUGGGGACCUCCAGAUCAUGCUGGAAGGGGCGGACGAGCGGCUGCGCCGGGCAGAGGGCCAGCUGGACUCGGUGUUCUCCCGCCUGAACGACUUCCAGAGCCACGUGGGGCGGGCGCUGGCCAACCUGUCGAGGGACGUGGGCGCCCUGAAGGACAGCAGCCUGCAGCAGCAGGGGGCACUGGAGCGGGUGCACAGCACGGCCCACGCCUGCACGCAGAUCUGCACCCCUGCGGGCAACCAGGACUCUCAGAUCAGCACCAUCCUGAGCGACCUGGAGCGGAGGCUGCUGGACACGGAGGGGCAGCUGCGCGUCCUGGGCAGCAACCUCCACCAGCUGGACGUCUCGGGGAAGCUGCGCAGCCUGCAGGGUCUGGUGGGCUCCCACAGCGACGCCCUCAGCCGACUGGCAGGGGAGGUGGGCGAGCUGGAGAACCGCAUGGUGGUCUCCGUCAGCGCCGGGCCCCCCGAGCUGGUGCUGCAGGCCAACCGGACCCGCCAGCGCCUGGAGGAGCUGGAGAAGGAGGUCCGGGGGCUGGAGCAGCUCUCCUGCGGACAGGAGUGCGCCGAGCUGCGCGAGGAGGUGGGCCAGCUGCGGUCCGAGGUGGAGGUCUGCCAGGCCGCCUGCCAGCCUCCCGGGCGGCGCCCUGACCUGGGCAAGGAGGCAGGGGACGCCUCCCGGCCGCUGGACGGCUUCAGCGUGAUCGGGGGCAGCUCCAGCGUCCACCUGCAGUCCUUGCAGGGCGAGCUGUCGGAGGUCAUCCUGGGCUUCAGCUCCCUGAACGAGACGCUGGCCGGGCUGCAGGCCACUGUGGAGAAGCACCAGACGGACAUCCACGAAUUGGGCACCACCAAGGACCACAUCAUCGCCGAGAUCAACCGGGUCCAGCAGGAGGUGACGGAGCACGUCAGUGAGAGCGAGGAGCGCUUCCAGGUGCUGGGGCGCGAGGUGCAGCGCUUUGGGGGCGCCCUGCGCGUGGAGGCCUCCGACUGCCGGCGGGCUUCUGGGGGGCUGGCGGAGAGGCUGGCCAAGCUGGAGGGGGCGUGCGAGAGGCUGGACACCGUCUCCGGCAGCCUGCGCAAGAUCAAGGAGGGGCUGGACAAGCACGUCUCGGCCCUGUGGGGCUGCCUGCGGGAGGUGAACGGGACCCUGCAGACCCACGGAGCCCUGCUGGACAAGAUCCACGGCAGCCAGCUGGGCACCAUCCACCGCCGGCUCAGCACCCUCAACGGCUCCCUCCAGACCUUGCAGGGGCAGCUGCACGGCCUCACCCUGCAGGAUUUCACAGGUACAGACUCUGGGGCAGACGGGAGGGGGCAGGGGGGGGCCUCUUGCCUCUGUCUCUGCCUAGACAUCUAAUGUUCUUCUCCAUCCACAGGACCUCCAGGGCUCCCUGGACCGGAGGGUCCCAUGGGGAAGCAGGGGCCCGUAGGCCCAGCUGGGCCCCCUGGCAAGGACGGAAGGACCGGCUCUGUGGGGCCUCCAGGUGAGCAGCUGGCCAGGCUGAGUUUUUGUAUCAUGGUGUCUGACAGUGGAGCAGCAAGAUGACCCUCUGGGUCCCUUCCUAUGGUUCUGUGCCUCCCUCGGAAGGGGGUUGGGCUAGAUGACCUUUGGGAAUCCCUUCCAACUCUACAAUUUGGGGGUUGCUUGGCUUCCCAGAGCCACUUGUGUCCCAACACCCCCCUUUCCUUGCCCUGGGAGCACCAGGGGAUCGGGGCCUUUGGAAGGCCACAAGAGUCUCCCCAGAACAAUUAACCCUCUAUGUGCUGCAGUGGGCUGGUGCCCUCUCCUGGACAGAGGGGGAGCUGCACUGGGAGGGGGCCCCCUUCCCGGCCCCAUGCUGGGUUGCUCAGCCCCGUCUAAGACUGUGAGCUGUGUGAGUGGCAGCUGCCAACCCCACAGCCCCCCCUCCACCAGAGGCCUUCUCCACCACCUCAGGUGUGCACACCUGCCUGGUUGACCACACAUGACCCCCCCCCAGCCUCCCUUCUGGAGACCACCCAGUCUUGUCUCUAGGGGGUUGGGAGAUCCAUUCAUUAAUACCUCCAGGCCUGCUUGUUGCAGAAGCAGGAGAGGGCCUUCUUGGUGGUGGCUCCUAGCAUCUUAGGAACUCCCUGCCUUGAGAAGGCCGACUGGCUCACUCCUUGCUGUCUUUCCACCAGCAGCUAAAGACUCCCUUAUUCCAACAGACAUUUGGGAACUGAUUAUUUUAUUUUAUUUUUAAAGCAAAGGGCUUGUCAUAGUGCCGGACUGUUUUUACCGUGAUGGCCUAAAUAUAAACCUCACUUUUCCUCCAAAUUCCAACCAUGAAAAGUUAAAGUACGGCUUAUAUUAUAUUAUAAAGUACGGCUUAUAUUGCACAGGGCAAACAGCGCCAGGAGUGCUGCAAAGCGGCGCCCGCCCCACGCAGAGUCCCCUGUCUUCUUCCCCAAGGCCUGGAAGGGAGAGAGCGAGGAAGGGGAAACUCCCCCCUCCCGCCCCCACAGUACGCAGCCAGGAGCAGCAAGGAAGGGAGCAGCUUACAUUCGGGGGCUUUUUCUUUUUUCCUCCUCCCCUCCAAUUUUAAAGGUGCAGCUUAUAUUCGGGCGCAGCUUAUAUUCGGGCCAAUACGGUAUUAUCUGUAUCUUAAGAGAUUUAUUUUCAUUCUGUUAGCGUUUAAUUACUUUUUAGCAAUGAUCCGUGAUAUGUUUUUCGCUUUGCAUCUCUUACCUGUGUCUUAAUUUGUGCAAGGCACCUUGAAUCCUGGCCUGGGAUCAAAGGCGGGAUCUGAAUAAAUAUAAGAACAAUAAUAGCAAUUAAUGAAUUAACAAGUGGGAUGGGGAUGACCCCUCCCACCUCUCCCUUGUCCCCUGUGAGUCUCACCCAUCUUCCCUUCUCUCUUGCAGGUCUCCCCGGAGAACAAGGUAAUGACCGGGCACAGAAGCGGGGGCUGGAGGGGGGGCAGGGGUGUGUGGAGGUGCUGCUGCUCCUGUCCACUGCAGCUGGGGGGGGGGAGACUGGCGUCCUCUCAGUGCCACUGGGUUCCAGCAGCCAGCACAGCCAGUCAUCUCUGUUGGGAUACUAUCGGGGAGACGGGGGCAUCAGGCAGGCCCCCAGCCGGCUCCAGCCAUCGGCCGGCAGCCAGACAAUCACCGGUCUCCCUUGGAACAGCAUCAAUCAGUGACACGAGCCUCAGAUACGUUUAGAGACCCAUGCACGCUCUGUCAGCAGAGAGUGUAAAUUUUCUCACAGCAGAAGAGGCGGACAGAGAAAUGUGUAAGCAUAAUGUACAGCAUUUUAUUCAGCAUAGUUCAGGAACAGAGGAAAACAUGUCUGCUUCCCUUUGUCUCCAGCAAAACAGCAGGAACACAAAAACUAUAUACAGAAGUUCCCGGCAGAUCAGUGCUGGAAGUAAACAGGCACGUGAGGCACCACAGUCAUGCCUGUUCCCUUUUAAGGUGAAACGGAACUAUAGCCUAACAAUCUCACCAGGCCUCCACAUACCCUGUUCCCUCCUCUGUGAAGAAGCUACAUGGCGGCAUCUGGGUGGGGGGUGAGCCUUGGGACUUCAGGCAGAGCCUUGGAGUGAGCUCAGGGCUACCUAGCAAUAGCUCCCCAGGGAGGCGAACGGUGUCUUUGUCCUCCGGAGAGAUCAGGGGCUGAACCUGGGCUGUGCAACACAGCUGCCCUCCCCAGGAGCUUGCAAAAUGGCCCCUGGGGUGAAUCUACACACAGAAAAAACACACACUACAAAUAAAAGUCUGAAUUUCAAUCGUUAAAACAAAAGAAAGAAAGAAAACGCUAUGGAAGAUUCGCUUAGAAUUUUUUUUGCUCUCCAGUGCCAUCUGGUGUUGCAGGUUUAUAACACAUUCAAAAUGCUGUUUUUUGACUAAUGUGGCUGAGUCCCCCGGUCCCUGCUGUGAGGAGCGGCUGGACAGAUGGACAGGCCUGGCUGGGAGUGUCCUGAUUUAUUUAGUUGUUUAUUUCACAAAAUUAUAAAUUUCUUGAUUGUAAAAGAAGAAGAAAAUCGCAUCAAAUAGGCUUACAAAAAAGACAAAGCAAUAAAAUUAUCAAAAGGAAAAUGAACGGCAGUAAUUUAAGACAUCUGAAAAGUUGAAAUAGAAACAGACUAAAAACAGGGUUGCGUCAACUUUCUAAACGUCUGGGCAGGCUUGUCUAAACAAGGAUGUUUUUAGCCGGCGCCAAAAAGAGUCCCGUGAAGGCGUCAAGUGGCAGGGAGUUCCAAAGUGCAGGUGGUGCCCACUAAGAGACUGAAUUCGUACAAACACAGAACAGGUGUUAUGAGGGAAGCAGGCGCAUGCAGAGCGAGUUGCCAGCACAGAAACCAGCCAGGUCUUGAGAGCCAGUUCCUUGUGGGUGGUCAAUGCAGGGAGAAAGGGAGAAGUCCCUGAAAGUUUUUCUGUGUCCCCCACCCCACCCCCCGCUCCCCGUCCACUUGCAGGCCUGCCUGGGCCACCUGGAACAACGCCCAAGGUCUCCUUCACUGCAGCACUGACCGCCCGCCACGUGGAGACAGGGACCAUCGCCUUCGACCGGGUGCUGCUGAACGACGGGGACGCCUACGACCCGAAAUCUGGUCAGUGAGGGGCUGGGAAACGCAGGAAGGAGAAGGUGGGGCUUGGGGUGGGAGGGCCUCAGAAAGACAGGUGUGUGGGAAUGUUCAGGGUGGCAGGAGAGGAUAUGUUGUUUAUUCAUAUCCUUCCUAACUUGCACUAGCAAGUUCCUUUACUUAGCAGAGUUACAUUCCCCUUUUUACAUGCACAGCAGAUAGCUGGUUGCAGGCUCGUGCGAGCCUCUCACUAUUAUACAAUUCGGUCUAUCUCAGAUUGAAUUGUAAGUUCCUGGUAAGUUCCCUUUGAAUCCCUCUUAAAGGAAUAACGACGCCACAAUCUUAUUUAAAGUCAAUAAAAAGAAGUUUACUUACAUCAGUUCACAGUUGGAUCCCUGAGGCAGACUUAGUUACAAAUAUGUACAUGUGGCUCUAUCCCAUAGGGAGGAAUGAUCCCAGUGAGAAGCUGGCAGAGCAGUCCUAGCUAGAAGCUGGUCAAACGUAGAAGGGGAAUGAAAAAGAGAGAGAGUGGCAGCGUGCCUUGUCCUUUUGUUACCUGGACAGGUGAGGUCACGCCCACCUUCUAUCACAUGCAAAAGGAAGAUGCUCCAGCCAGGAGGAACAGGAAGUUUUGACUGGCUGGACCAAACAUUCCAUCGCAUGUCUUCUCUAGCAUUAUAAGGAAUGUUGUACUUGGCUGCUCCCAGCUUCCUGCAAUGAACAGGGGAAUGUGCUCUGCUACCACCUCACUAGCAUGAGUGAGGAAGGAUAAUAUUGAAUCAAUAUAUCCUCUCUUCCUAUCCUCAACACUCCCACACCCAGCAAGUGCUCUGGCGUGACUCUGCUGACUUGCAACAGGGUAUCAGUCUUAAACGGGACGUUCUGGGAUCCAAACGGAAGCUGCCAUCGCCUUCUGUGAUCUGGGAUGGUAAAACAGGACAGGUGGGGGGGUGUGGGCAUUUGGUUGGACACUCUGAGAGGAUGCUGGCCUGAUCCAGUGGGCUUUCCUAAAGUUCUGAUGUUCUCAGGGGUUGAAGAACUAGAGCUCCCAAAGCCAGGGAGGGUGCUUGGGGUGGGGUGCAAGGCAGGUGGGAGGACCAAUGGCAGGCACCUGUAACAGACCUCUCCUCCGCCCCGCAGGAAUCUUCACCGCUCCGUUUCCUGGCCGCUACCUGGUCAGCGCCAUCCUGACCGGCCACCGGGGGGAGAAGAUCGAGGCGGUCCUCUCCCGCUCCAACCAGGCCAUCGCCCGCAGCGACUCGGCCGGCUACCAGCCCGAAGGCCUGGAGAACAAGCCGGUGGCCGAGAGGCAGCCCAGCACCGGGGCGCUGGCCGUCUUCACCCUCGUCGUCCCCAUGGAGGCCGGAGAAACUCUCUGUGUGGACCUGGUCUCCGGCCGGCUGGCCCGCUCCUCGGACGAGCCACUGACUGUCUUCAGCGCAGCCCUGCUCUAUGAGGAUGACUUGGGGGUCUAGGCGGCUUCUGGGCUGGGGAAGGGGGCUGGCUGAAGCAGCGCCUCCCUCCAGCCUGGGAAGGGAGAGCUGAGGACCCCUCCACACUGCCCUCUUGCAGCCCCGGCCAAGCCUCCCCUCCUCCCACCUCUGGGCCAACACCGCAGGGAGGGCGUCCCUUGCAGCCGCCAGGCUCUCCUCUUGCUGGCACCCCCUGCCCCUCGGCCUCCCUGCCACCCGUGGGGCGGCACAAUGCUUGCAAGACUCUCUCUCUUCCCAAGGCAGUGUGGGGAGGAGCCAGUGAGUCCUGAAGGCAGAAUUCUGCCCUCUGCCCACUCAGCUCCCCAGGCCUGGCAGGGGGUGUGUGCCACUGCCCAGGCCAACAGAAAGUGCCACCUCAAUGCCAGCUGCAUCCGUGGCCCAGUGGGAACGAAAAGGUCCCCUUUGUUAUUUAUCUGUGUCUGUCGUACCCCAGAGAAAGGACCCCUCCCUCCUCAUGCCACCGCCCUCCACCACCAGCCGGCUUGCCCCCUCGGCUCUCUGUCACAGCUUUGCCACCGCUGGGGCUGCCUCUUCUCGCCACGUCCACUGCAGAGCUGCUCAGAUGCCAAUGUUAUGCCAGGCUUGCCAUGGAUGGGCCAGACACGGGAGCCCCACCCUAAGGAGCCAACACCGCCAUUUACGUGAGACGAGGAAGAGAGGCCCCUUCGCAGGACUGCGGGGAGGGAGGAGGGGGGUGGGCGGAGGAGGAGGAAGAAGAGGAGGAGGAGGAAAGGGCCUCGCUCCAGCCCCAUCUCCUGUGUGGGUCACCCUUCAUGUAUAUGCUGUGUAAAGGCCCAACUCAGCUAUCAAUAUAAUUAUUGAAUAAAGAAACACAACUUUUUUAAAAAAACACCAACACC